GAAACCCUGGAGGGUGGGGAGAGCUGGGGCCCAUGGGUGGAGCAGCCAGUGGAACCAGCGUGGGGAGCAGGGAGAGGAGGGGUUUGUCCAGGGCUGAGGCGCUCCCCCCACCAUGGGGCUGCCCCUCCGCAUCCUGCUGCUCCUGCUUCUGCUGUGGCCGGCAGCUGCCCCCUUCCGGAUCUGCGCCUUCAACCUGCAGCGCUUCGCCGGCCCCAAAGCCGCCAAGGUCGCCGUCAUGGACACGCUGGUCAAGAUUGUCUCUCGCUGUGACAUCGCAGUGCUGCAGGAGGUGAUGGAUGCCAAGGGACAGGCCGUGCCAGCGCUGAUCAGCGCCCUGCACAGGUCUGCAGGCCCCGACUCCUACACAGCCCUGGGCAGCCCGCUGUUGGGAGCUGGGAAUUAUCAGGAGCGCUACGUCUUCGUGUACCGGUCCGGCCGCACCCAGCUCCUCGACUCCUAUGUGUACCUGGACGAGAACCCCGCCAGACCGGAUGCCUUCGCCCGCGAACCCUUUGUCGCGCACUUCAGCCUGCCCAGCAAAGCCCUCCCCACCCUGGUGCUUGUUCCCCAGCACACCGUGCCCAAGAAGGCCGAGGCGGAGAUCGAUGCGCUCUACGAUGUCUUCCUGGAUGUCCAGGCCCGCUGGGGGACGGAGGACAUCAUGUUCCUGGGGGACUUUAACGCCGACUGCGGUUACGUGGCCAAGAAGCGCUGGGGCCAGAUCCGGCUGCGGCGCGAGCCCGGCUUCCGCUGGCUAAUCGGAGACGCUGCCGACACCACUGUGCGGAACAGCACACGCUGCGCCUACGACAGGAUCGUGGUGCAUGGGGAGCGCUGCCUGGCACUGGUGGUGCCCGGCUCAGCCCAGCCCUUUGACUUCCCUGGCACGUUCGGGCUCACGGAGACCCAGGCGCUGGAGGUCAGUGACCAUUACCCGGUGGAAGUGCAACUGGAACUGAACGCCGCCCCGAGGGGGCGCUGGCCGGCCGGCCCAGCACUGCUGCCCCUGGCCAUGCUGCUGGCCGGGCUGGGGGACUGGUUCUGAUCUCCCUGCUCAGCGCUGCCGGGCGCCCGGACCUCAGGGAACACGUGACCGGGGGGCUGGAGUCUAAACCCACCCGCAGGACUCUCCACUCAGCAAAGGCCUUUACUCAGAUGCCUGGGUUCCCCACACACACACACACACUUUUCUUGGCUCAGGGCUCCCCCCCCAGAAGAUACAGAAACCUCUCAUCUCAGACCUGACAAACUCACUGCAGCAAAUACAGGGCUAGCAGCGUUCCCAGGCCCAAGGCCAGGGGAGGUUACAGGACCAUCUCCCCAGCUCCUGGGCCUGGCUGCCUGGAGUGUUCGGCUGGAGGGGGCUGGCCCCUGGGCGGGGGGCAGGGGAGGCUGGUUCAAAUCCUGCCAGAGGGGGUGGGUUGUUUUUUUUUCAGCGACAGAGCAACUAAACCCCUUCAUAAGAACAACGCGGAGUCCGGCGGCACCUUAAAGACUAACAGAUUUAUUUGGGCAUAAGCUUUUGUGGAUAAAAACCCACUUCUUCAGA